AUGAGUGCUCUUCAGAGUCAGUCAACACUGGAGGACAAACUGGAGGCCCUGCAGUGCCACUUCACCUGGGAUCUGGGCCCCAGCAGGGCCAAACUUUUCAGACUCAGAGAUGAGCUGGAGGACAUCGGCACCGAGGAGGGGUACAGCUGGCUGGGUCACAUUUACAACCUGCAGGGGUACGUCCACUGCCAGCUGGGGUUCACCGAUGACGCCUUGCGUUACUUCAGCAUGGCUGCAGAGGCCUUCCGCCAGAUGAGAAACACCGUCUCAGAUGAGGGUCCCUGGUUAGUGGUGAACUCUGGAAACAUGGCUUGGCUGCACCACCACCUGGGAAAACAAGCAGAGUGUCAGACUUACUUGACAAAGGUCGACGCCCUGAUGAAUGAAUAUCCAUCUCCAUCCCAGGACGAGCUCCAUCCGGAGAUCUACGCUGAGAAAGCCUGGACCCUGAUGAAGUUUGGCACAGACAAAAAGCUUCUGGCUGCAGAUGACUUCCAGAGAGCAAUCAGGAUGCAGCCAGACAUCGUGGAGUGGCACACCAGCCAUGUGUUAGCGUUAUUCAGUGACUUUAAUCACAGCAACAAAGAGCUGAAGGCUGACAUCUUAAAGAAAAUGAAAAUUGCCAAGGAACACGAUCCAGAGAACUUGUACCUUGCUGCUGUUUACCUUGAGGCAUGUGCUAGAAAAGGGGAAAACAUUGAAGAUAAAGCACGUGAGUUAGCCAGAAAGAUUUUAAGAAAGCCCAUCAGCAGCUACAGUGGUAUAAAACCAUUACUAAGACUGUACAGAAUCUAUUUAUCUGCUCAUGAGGCUAUUGAUUUGGCAGAAGAGGUUCUGGAAAGACAUCCCGGUGAACGUUAUCUGAAGAGUUGUGCUGCAAUCUGCUACAAGUGGAGGAUCUUUUCCUUCCAGGACAAUCCCCUGGAAGGCAGCAUGAUCGAGAGAGCAAUCAGUCUCUGUACGGAUGUGAUUUCUCUUUACCCCCAUUCUUCACUGAAAAUGAAAAUAGAUCUUGCAAACAUAUAUGCAAAGUCCAAUCAGCAAGAUGAAGCUGACCAGAUAUUCAAUGAACUGCUAGAAAGUGAUCUGGAUCCUGCAGAGAAACAGAUGCUUUACAACUACUACGCAAAACAUGUGCAUUUCAAUCGAAAGGAGAUCCACAAGUCAAUAGAAUAUCACAUGAAGGCAGCAGAGAUACCGGUAAAAUCACACAAUCGCGAGAACAGCAUCAGAAUUCUGGAGAGGAUUAAAGAAAGAAACAGAAAUCGAAUGUGUAGAGAGAUAGAGGAGUUUCUGGCUAACCUGCAAAACUAACUCUGUCUAUUAAAGAGGCAAGAUUUAUUGUGCUGACCAACUGAGUUUUUGUAACAACAUCAGGUACAGGUGUAUCACUACAAGUGACCCCAUUCACUUUCUUUUCACAUUAUCAUUUGAUACAUUAUUAUUAAACUAUUAAUUGUUGCUGCUUAAAAGGUGAUGACAUUUACAAAAAAUUAUUCAUUCAAAUGAUUUAUGUCUUUGUGAGUGCUUAUCUCACCACUCAGGUUGCCUAAACUAGUAAAAUCCAUAAAUGCUAUUACAACAAUUAUUAAAUAAAUAUUUUUCUGUUCAUUUCAAAGAAAAUCACAACUGUUUUUGCAUCGUAACUGGAUUUUGUUUAUAGUCUUUUGUGGUGAAUGCUAGUUGUCUUAGUCUGUUUAUGUUUGUAUUUAUUAUGCUGACCUCUAGAAAGUGGAUUAAGCCAGGAUUUUCCAGUUAUUCUGGCUUAAUUUAGCCGUCAAUCGGUUUCAUGAAAGCAGUGGCACAAGUUACUAUGGAGAUUAAUUCUGUUCAGCUAUCCUGCUCCAGACCAGGCUAACAUGGUGGUGCUUUAUCUGUUCAGUCAGCAGUAACUCUGAUCAGAAACCU